GGAAGGAGGGGUGGCCUGACCCCUCGGCAGUCCCUCCCCUCAGCCUUUCCCCAAAUUGCUGCUUCCCUGGGGCUGCAGGUCCCGCUUGUGCUCAGCUCCAGCUCACCGGCUGGCCACCGAGACCUCUGGACAGGGAAUUGCACCAUCCUCUUCUACCAGCAAGGGGGCUCCAGAGACUGCCCACCCAGGAAGUCUGGUGGCCUGGGGAUUUGGACAGUGCCUUGGUAAUGACCAGGGCUCCAGGAAGAGAUGUCCUUGUGGCUGGGGGCCCCUGUGCCUGACAUUUCUCCUGACACUGCAGUGGAGCUGUGGAAGCCAGGCACACAGGAUGCAAGCAGCCAGGCCCAGGGAGGCAGCAGCUGCAUCCUCAGAGAGGAAGCCAAGAUGCCCCACUCUGCCGGGGGCGCUGCAGGGGUGGGGCUGGAGGCUGCAGAACCCACAGCCCUGCUCACCAGGGCAGAGCCCCCUUCAGAACCCACAGAGAUCCGUCCACAAAAGCGGAAAAAGGGGCCAGCCCCCAAAAUGCUGGGGAACGAGCUAUGCAGCGUGUGUGGGGACAAGGCCUCCGGCUUCCACUACAACGUUCUGAGCUGCGAGGGCUGCAAGGGAUUCUUCCGCCGCAGCGUCAUCAAGGGAGCGCGCUAUGUCUGCCACAGCGGCGGCCACUGCCCCAUGGACACCUACAUGCGUCGCAAGUGCCAGGAGUGUCGGCUUCGCAAAUGCCGCCAGGCUGGCAUGCGGGAGGAGUGUGUCCUGUCAGAAGAACAGAUCCGCCUGAAGAAACUGAAGCGGCAAGAGGAGGAACAGGCUCAUGCCACAUCCCUGCCCCCCAGGGCUUCCUCACCCCCCCAAAUCCUGCCCCAGCUCAGCCCGGAGCAACUGGGCAUGAUUGAGAAGCUGGUCGCUGCCCAGCAACAGUGUAAUCGGCGCUCCUUUUCUGACCGGCUUCGAGUCACGCCUUGGCCCAUGGCACCAGAUCCCCAUAGCCGGGAGGCCCGUCAGCAGCGCUUUGCCCACUUCACUGAGCUGGCCAUCGUCUCUGUGCAGGAGAUAGUUGACUUUGCUAAACAGCUACCCGGCUUCCUGCAGCUCAGCCGGGAGGACCAGAUUGCCCUGCUGAAGACCUCUGCGAUCGAGGUGAUGCUUCUGGAGACAUCUCGGAGGUACAACCCUGGGAGUGAGAGUAUCACCUUCCUCAAGGAUUUCAGUUAUAACCGGGAAGACUUUGCCAAAGCAGGGUUGCAAGUGGAAUUCAUCAACCCCAUCUUCGAGUUCUCCAGGGCCAUGAAUGAGCUGCAACUCAAUGAUGCCGAGUUUGCUUUGCUCAUUGCUAUCAGCAUCUUCUCUGCAGACCGGCCCAACGUGCAGGACCAGCUCCAGGUAGAGAGGCUGCAGCACACAUAUGUGGAAGCCCUGCAUGCCUAUGUCUCCAUCCACCAUCCACAUGACCGACUGAUGUUCCCACGGAUGCUAAUGAAACUGGUGAGCCUCCGGACCCUGAGCAGCGUCCACUCAGAGCAAGUGUUUGCACUGCGUCUGCAGGACAAAAAGCUCCCACCGCUGCUCUCUGAGAUCUGGGAUGUGCACGAAUGACUGUUCUGUCCCCAUAUUUUCCGUUUUCUUGGCCGGAUGGCUGAGGCCUGGUGGCUGCCUCCUAGAAGUGGAACAGACUGAGAAGGGCAAACAUUCCUGGGAGCUGGGCAAGGAGAUCCUCCCGUGGCAUUAAAAGAGAGUCAAAGGGUUGGGAGUUUUGUGGCUUCUGAGCAGUGGAGCCCUCGCUAACACUGUGCUGUGUCUGAAGACCACGCUGACCCCACAAACGGAUGGGACUGGGGGCCACUCUGCACAAGGUUCCCCAGGGCCUGCCCAUCCUGCCUCCGCCACUUCCUGUUUUUCCCACAGGGCCCCAAGAAAAAUUCUCCACUGUCACUCUGUGGUAUGGCCAUAAAUGUCUCAGCGCCGCCUCACUGAUAGGUCUGGUACUGUUUGAACAGGAAGAUCAAAAUGA